AUGCCUCCUAGACACCAAACCCUCCCUCCAGCGCAGACCACCUCUGCCAAAGAGGCCCAGAAGUCCUUCUACUGCAGCCUCUGUUCCAAGGGCUACUCCCGCAUGAACGACUAUGAAGCCCAUCUCAGCAGCUACGACCACAGCCACAAGCAGCGCCUCAAGGACAUGAAGGCCAUGGUGCGCGACCCCAACGCCGGCGCCAAGGCGAGAAAGGCCGAGGCCAAGGCAGACGGCAUAGUCAGCAUCAAGCUUGACCAAGAUGCGCCCUCUUCAAGCGCUGGGAAUGCCGGCGGUGGAGGCGGUGGCGGUUUCAAAAAGGGCGGCUUCAAGAAGACGGGCUUCAAGAGCGCUUUUGCGCCCGCAGAGCCAGCAGCUUCAGCCAAUGCGCAACAAACAGAUACAACCCAUACACUGGCAGACCAACGGUCUGGAGGGCUGAUGGAGACAGGAGAGACGGCUUCAACCCUGCCACUGGCGUAUAAAAGCUCUCUGGUGGAGAGCGAUACAGAAGACGAGGGAUACGAGCUGUACGAUCCAAGAUUUCCCACUGAUUAA